UCGCGUUAAGCCCGUAAUCGGUACAAAACGUCGAAACGACGGGUGUCGACGGUGAAACGAUAUUUUUUUCCUCUCCCCCCUCCCAUCCAUUGCGAGGAUGUUAUCGAAGGUAGUUUUGUUGGUGGCGCUCGCUGCCAUUUGCGGCGCGCAGGACGCCUCCUACGCCAGAAGGCAUACCGCUGAUAUGGAUUUCCUUCACAAGCAAAAGAAGAUAUUCGACCUGUUGCUUUACGUAAGGCAGGCAGACUUGAGCGAUGCAGAGUGGUACGAUGUAGGCAGGAACUAUGACAUGGAGAGCAAUAUGGACAUGUACAAGGACAAGAAUGUUGUACAAAAGUUCCUGUGGUGGUACAAACAGGGAAUGUUCCUAUCGCGUAGUGCCAUUUUUACUCCGCUUAACUCUGAGCAGAAAUACGAGGUGAGAAUGUUGUUCGAGUUAUUAUACAAUGCGAAAGACUUCCAAACGUUUUACAAAACUGCCGCUUGGGCCCGACUUCGGAUGAAUAGCGGCAUGUUCACCACAGCGUUUUCUAUCGCUGUCCUCUACAGAUCUGACACUAAAUACAUGAGAGUUCCCGCGAUCUACGAGAUCUAUCCCAAUCAUUUCUUCGACUCGAGUGUUAUAGAAGAGGCACAAUACUUAAAAAUGUCUCGAGGCUCUAGCGUUGUGACUGGAAUGAACAAUAUCGAAACAUAUAUAGUGAACACGAAUUAUUCCAGUAAAUAUAUGAGGGAAUACAAUGAUCCGGAAUACAAGCUUGAUUACUUCAUGGAAGAUGUUGAAUUGAAUGCAUAUUAUUACUACAUGCGUGAAAUGUUCCCUUAUUGGAUGUCCAGCAAUCAAUACCACAUGCCCAAAGAAAUACGUGGACACCUUUACUAUUUCUUUCACAAACAAUUGAUGGCUAGGUACUUCCUCGAACGAAUGUCAAACGAUCUUGGUAAAACGGCGGAAUUCGAUUGGAAUAAGCCCAUCUAUUCUGGAUUUUACUCCACCAUAAUGUACUCCAAUGGUGUAACUUUCCCACAGAGAAAUAGAUUUUCCUCUUUGCCCUAUUAUAAAUAUAAAUAUCUUAACGUAAUCAACGCGUUGGAGAUGCGUAUAAUGGACGCUAUCGAUUCCGGAUACUUGAUAGACGAAUAUGGAAAGAAGAUAGACAUUUAUACACCAGAAGGUCUAAAUAUGCUUGGCAAUGUGAUAGAAGGAAACAGUGACUCUAUUAAUAUGAAAUUCUACGGUAUGUACGAUGCUCUUGCUCGUGAUAUCCUGGGCUUCAACCUUGACUUCCAGAACAAAAACAAUUUAAUCCCGAGCGCCCUUCAAAGUUAUUCUACCAGCAUGAGAGAUCCAGCUUUCUAUAUGCUCUACAAAAAAAUCUUGAAUUAUUUCUUGAGAUACAAGAAAUUGCAGCCUCAGUACAGUCAAAGUGAACUGCAGAUGCCAGGAGUUAAAUUCGAAUCUGUGAAUAUCGAUAAACUGUACACGUACUUUGACAAAUGUGACACUCUGAUCAACAAUGCAGUGUCAGUAGAAAACUUCAAAGGUGGAAUGUAUUUACGUUUGAAGGCGCGUCGUGCUUGUAUGAACUACGAGCGAUUCACUUACAAAAUAAACAUCAACAGCGAUAAGGAAACGAAAGGAACGAUGAGAAUCUUCCUUGGGCCAGCCUUUGACGAGAUCAAAAAUGAUAUGGUCUAUCUACAGAAAUAUUUCUAUCUGUUCAUGGAAAUGGACCGAUUUGUCGUAACACUCCGUCCCGGAAGGAACAGCAUCGAACGCCACAGCUCGGAAUCACCAUUCACGACGUCGAGUAUAAUGCCAAGCGAUGUAUUCUACGACAAACUGAACAAAGCGAUCAGCGGAAGCGAACCAUUCACUUAUUCUGAAAAAAUAUUGGGCUUCCCCGAACGUCUCAUCUUGCCGCGUGGUAAACCGGAAGGUAUGAGGUACAAGAUGUUCUUCUUCCUGAGCUCGAUGGACGAAAGCAACACGAAAUCGUACGAAAUACCUUUAUACGGAAAAAUGACAUUGGAUGACAAGCUGUUCGGAUUUCCAUUGGACAGACCCAUGUGGGCAUGGAACUUCACCAUUCCUAACAUGUACUUCAAGGAUGUGUUCAUAUAUAAUCGUCCAAACGAGGAGAGUAUGAAUUAUCUGGCCCGGUCUCUUCCAACUACGGUUCAACGAAUGAUCGUGAUCAUGAAGGCCGGUUUCCUAUUUUUCGCGAGUUUCUGUUUGCUUGUCCAGGCAGUGCCCAACAAGGUCGCCGACAAGACAUAUAUCACUAGGCAGAAGAACAUCUACGAACUCUUCUGGCAUGUGGACCAACCGACCGUUUACCAUCCGGAACUCUACCAGAAGGCGCGCACUUUCAAUCUCGUUGAAAAUCUCGACAACUACAAUGACAAAGAAGCGGUGAACGAGUUUAUGCAACUCUUGAAACAUGGAAUGCUUCCACGUGGCCAAGUGUUCACGAUAAUGAACAAGGAAAUACGCCAUCAAACCGUGGUGCUUUUCCGUCUUCUGCACAGCGCCAAAACAUUCGACGUGUUCUAUAACACAGCUGUCUGGGCCAGAUUCAAUGUAAACGAACAAAUGUUCUUGUACGCGUUAAGCGUAGCCGUGAUCCACCGUGUUGACACCAAACUGAUGAAAUUGCCGCCAUUGUACGAGGUGAUGCCACAUUUAUUCUUCAAUGAUGACGUUAUGCAGAGAGCUUACAAUAUCGCCAUGGGUGACACAGCUGACAUGAAGAAAACUUAUAACAACAUCGAUUAUUACUUACUUGCGGCAAAUUAUACCGGAUGGUACUUAACCAAACACAACGUACCCGAGCAGAGAUUAAAUUACCUCACCGAAGAUGUUGGCCUCAACUAUUUCUACUUCCUGUAUAAUCACAAUUUUCCACCUUUCAUGCUUUCAAACUCGCUCAGCUUUCCACAAAUUCGCGGUGAAUUCUAUUUCUUCCUCCAUAAGCAGCUAUUGAACAGAUAUUACCUUGAGAGACUUAGUAACGACAUGGGUGAGGUUAGUUAUGUGAGCCUAGAACAUCCCAUACCGACUGGAUAUUAUCCUACCAUGAGAUUCCGCAAUGGACUUGCCUUCCCCCAAAGAGAAACUGGUGCUACAGUUCCACUCCAUAUGCAAAAAUAUGUUCAAAUGAUCCACGAUUUCCAUACCAGGAUCUCAACCGCCAUCGAUCUUGGCUACGUUGUAGAUGCAUAUGGCAAUCACGUCAAGCUGUACACGAAGCAAGGACUGAACGUUCUUGGUAAUAUCGUUCAAGGUAACGCAGAUAGCGUUAACGUACAAUUAUACGGAAAAUUGGAUCUGCUCAUGAGAAAAGUCCUCGGUUUCGGUUACGAAUCCAACGUCAAGUAUCAAGUCGUGCCAUCCGCUCUUCAAAUGUGGUCUACCAGCUUGAGAGAUCCUGUAUUCUUUAGCAUAUACAAGACCAUCGUUGAUUAUUAUCACAAAUACAAGGAGAACCUUCCGAAGUACACCGCGGAAGAAUUAAAUUUCCCAGGUGUAAGCAUCGAAUCCGUGUCCGUGGACAAACUCGUCACUUAUUUUGAUCAUUUUGAAUCCUUGUUAAACAAUGGAGUGUCGAUUCAAAGUCACGCAAAAGCCAAGAGCACCAUGAUCAAAGCUCGACAAUACAGGCUGAACCACAAACCUUUCACUUAUCACAUCACCGUGAAUAGCGACAAAAACAUCAAAGGUAUAGUCCGUAUCUUCCUUGGACCGAAAUACGACGAGUUCGGCCAUGAAGUUGACCUCGUGCACAAUUACAUGAACUUCAUGCAGAUGGACGAGUUCGUGGUUAACCUGAAAAGCGGAAGCAACACGAUCGAGAGAAACAGCCACGAAUCCAUCUUCGUCGUCCCCGACGAAGUUCCCAGCGAUGUGCUGUACAACAGGCUGGUGGUCAGCGAGGACGGUAGCGAGUCCUUCAAGUAUUCUUCCCAGCCUUACGGCUUCCCUGAGAGGCUUCUUCUGCCCAAGGGCAAGAAAGAAGGUAUGCCGUACAAUCUGCUCGUGGUCGUCUCGCCAUUCGACGACUUGAACGUCGUCCAAAUAGACUCCCCUGUAUUGGGCCGCAACAUUUACGAUGGACGUUCUAUGGGCUACCCUCUGGACAAGCCUGUCGAUCCUUUGUUUUUAGUCCUGUCCAAUGUCCAAAUGAAGGAGGUUCUCGUUCAUCAUAGGGAGAUGGAGGAGUUGAACGUUGCCCUGGGGUAUAAGAGUAGCCGCGCUUCAAGCAUCUCCACUCUCAGAUUCUGCGGUUUUCAUCUUCUCGAAAAUAUGUUUAUACCGUCGCAAGUAUGGCUGGUUGGCUUAUUGGCCUUCAGUUUGGUCGGUGCAGAAUAUUACGACACGAAAACAGCGGACAAGGAUUUCCUUUUAAAACAGAAGAAGGUGUAUAAUCUGCUUUAUCGCAUCGCUCAACCAGCUUUGGCGAACAUUACAUGGUAUAACGAGGGUCAAGCAUGGAACAUAGAAGCCAACAUCGAUUCCUACACCAAUGCGGCUGCGGUGAAGGAAUUCCUUUCUAUAUACAAACAUGGGAUGCUUCCACGUGGAGAAUUAUUUUCUCUCUAUUAUCCGCAACUCCUUAGGGAAAUGGUAGCUUUGUUCAAAUUGUUCUAUCAUGCGAGAGAUUUCGACAUUUUCUUCAAGACAGCUCUCUGGGCGAAAAACAAUAUAAACGAGGCGCAAUACAUAUACGCUUUGUACAGCGCCGUGAUUAGAAGACCGGAUACCAAAUUCAUCCAAUUGCCACCAAUUUACGAGAUAUGCCCCUAUUUCUUCUUCAAUUCAGAAGUAUUGCAAAAAGCCAAUCACGCUCUGAUUUUUGGGAAAUUAGACACAAAAACAACUGGAAAGUACAAAGAAUACAUAAUUCCAGCAAAUUAUUCGGGCUGGUAUCUGAAUCACGAUUACAACUUGGAGAAUAAACUAAAUUAUUUUAUCGAGGAUAUCGGAUUAAAUACUUACUAUUUCUUCUUGCGUCAAGCAUUCCCAUUCUGGUUACCAUCGAAGGAAUAUGAUUUGCCGGAUUAUCGUGGAGAAGAAUACUUAUAUAGUCACAAGCUAUUAUUGAACAGAUAUUACUUAGAAAGGCUUUCCAAUGAUUUACCUUAUCUCGAGGAGUUCGACUGGCAGAAACCAUUUUACCCUGGUUAUUAUCCUACCAUGACUUAUUCUAAUGGAUUACCAUUCCCCCAAAGGCCGAUCUGGAGCAACUUGCCCAUCUACAAAUACAAAUACAUCAGGGAAAUUAUAAACAAGGAAUCGAGAAUAUCGGCAGCAAUCGAUUCUGGUUAUAUUCUGAACAAUGAUGGAAAGUGGCACAAUAUUUAUAGCGAGAAAGGUUUGAACAUUCUUGGAAAUAUAAUCGAAGGUAAUGCCGAUUCGUACAACACUGAAUUCUAUGGUAGCAUCGAUACACUUGCGAGGAAAAUCCUUGGUCACAAUUUAGAAGCAGCAAGCAAGUAUCAAAUUGUUCCUAGCGCCUUGGAAAUUUUCUCCACAUCUAUGAAAGAUCCCGCAUUCUAUCGAAUCUAUAAAAGAAUAACUGAUUAUUAUUAUAGCUACAAAAUGCAUCAAAAACCGUACAAUAAAGAUGAAAUUAUUUAUCCCAAUUUGAAGAUCGAAUCUUUUACUGUGGAUAAAUUAAUUACAUAUUUUGAACAAUUUGAUGCAACAAUCAAUAAUGGAUUGUUACUUGAAGAACAAAGAAAUGAUGAUAAAUUGUUUUUAAUUAAAAUUAGACAGUAUCGUUUAAAUCACAAACCGUUUAACUUCCAUAUUACUAUCAAUUCUGAUAAACCAAUGAAAGCAGUCAUUAGAAUUUUUAUCGGACCAAAAUAUGAUUCGCAUCACAAACUGAUUGAAAUUCCAGAAGAUCUGAAAUACUUUUACGAAAUUGACAAUUGGAUGCUAGAUUUGAAUUCCGGUUUGAACAAAAUUACACGUAACAGUUUAGAUUGUUUCUUCACGAUGAAUGAUCUAGAGCCGAGCGAGAUAUUUUAUGAAAAGAUCGAAACAUCUCUCAACGGUGACAAACCAUUCACUUACAAUGAAAGAAUUUUUGGAUUCCCAGGAAGAUUGUUAUUGCCCAGGGGUAAAAAGGAAGGAAUGCCAUUCCAGCUGUUCUUAUACGUUAGUCCAGUCUCUUCGGAAUAUAAUCAAUACAAUUCGAGAAUAUGGGGUGAUUACAAAUUUGACAAAAGACCGUUUGGUUUUCCGUUAGAUAAACCUCUCUAUGAUUUCAAUUAUGAUGAGUCUAAUAUGUUGUUCAAAGAUAUUCUUAUUUAUCACAAGGAUGAAUUUGAUAUGAAUAUCACUUACUAAUUAUUUUCUUUUUUUAUUUGUAUCUUUCACAUUUAUUUUUAUAAUAUUAUAAUUUUGUAAUAAAUGUCUUCUUUUAUCCCCCAA